AAGCGGGCGGGGAGCGGGCGGCGCAGCACAGCGCCGAGCACCGCGCCGUCGCCAUGCGCCUCCGCGCCGCCGCCGCCCUCUGCCUCUGCCUCCUCGGCGCCUGCCGCCUCCGCCGCGGGCUGGAGGCCGCCGCCGUGCGCGGCCCGCCGGCGGCCGCUCCCCAGCGACCCUCCGCAGCCGCGCCUUCCUCCUCCUCCGCCUCCUCCUCCUCCUCCUCCGCCGCCUCCCCCUUCUCCUCCCCGCCGCGGAGGGACGGGGCUCUCCGCAACGGCACCGUGGUGCCGCACCACUACAUGGUGGCCCUCUACCAGCGCCUGGCCGGCCGCCGCGGCGCCGGCCGCCGCGCCGACACGGUGACGGGCUUCGCGGAGCGGGCGCGCAGCGAUGCGUCCCCCUCUGCGCCCGAGCAGAGGUACCUCUUCGACAUCUCCAGCCUGCCCGAGGUGGAGGAGGUGACGGGCGCGGAGCUGCGGGUCCUGCGCGCCCUCCCCGAGAACAGGAGCUUGGCGCUGUCCCCCGAAGGCACCCUCCACCACCUCCUGCUCUCCACCUGCCCCAGCCGGGACGGCGAGGAGCCCCGGCUGCUGGACUCCAGGGCUGCGGACGUUUUGGAUGCCGGCUCCUCCAGAUGGGAGGUGUUUGAUGUGUGGGAAGCCCUGCGGGAUCGGAGGGAGAAGCCGCCUGCGGGCAAGCUGCUGUGCUUCCUGCUGCGGAUCGUGUCGGAUCAGUCGGGGCGGCUCCUGCCCCCGCGGCAGCUAGGGUUCAGCAAGCCCCGGCCGCAGCCCCACGAGAGAGCCCUGCUCGUCGCCUUCUCCCGCACCCAGAGGAAGGAGAACCUCUUCAAGGAGAUCCGGGAGAAGAUCAAGGCCCUGGGCAGCCCCCCGUUCCUGGAGCCGCCCGACCCCGGCCGGGAAAUGCACCCCAAGCGGAGGAGGAGACGGACCACCAUCGCCGCCCGCUCCGGGGGCAGAGGCCAGGGGAAGAAGGCGAAGACCCGCUGCAGCAGGAAGCCCCUGCACGUGAAUUUCAAGGAGCUGGGCUGGGACGACUGGAUCAUUGCCCCCCUGGAUUACGAGGCAUACCACUGCGAGGGGGUGUGCGACUUCCCCCUGCGCUCCCACCUGGAGCCCACCAACCACGCCAUCAUCCAGACGCUGAUGAACUCCAUGGACCCCGAGUCCACCCCCCCCAGCUGCUGCGUGCCCUCCAAGCUCAGCCCCAUCAGCAUCCUCUACAUAGACUCCGGCAACAACGUGGUUUACAAACAGUACGAGGACAUGGUCGUGGAGACCUGCGGCUGCAGGUAGCAAUUUCUGUGGCUCUCCCCCCCACCAACCUUCCCUAACAAACAGCCCAGCCCCAUUUUAUAUAUAUAAAUAUAUAUAUAUAAAAUAUAUAUAUAUAGAUAUACAUGUACACAUUUUGGUGUGUGCCUUUCCAAAAGCCAAGCUAAGAGCAGGUGUCCCCUACCUUCCCGGGGCUGCCCCGGCCACGCGGCCAAGCCUGGGAGGGAUGGGAGAGCCCCACGCUGCCCCCGUCGCUACACAGUGCAUCCAGCCUUUAAGCGAAAGCGGAGCCGGCAGCAGGGUCUGGGCACUGCUAACCCUCCCGCUAGGCAGCGAGACUGCAGACUGCCCCCGCGGAGUCCUCCCGAAGCGAGGGAGACCCCGCCAGCUGCGCCGGAUCUCCCUGCCUUGCCCGCUGCCGCCGCGGGAUGCCCACUCAGCCUCCCGGCUCGGCCGGACCUGCUGUGCUUGCCCGAGCUGAGCCGAGCCCUUUUCUCAAAGAUUUGGGGUUGUUUUUGCAAAAUUGUCUCUGCUGGGGGGAAGGUGUGAGGGGACAGAGCGGUGGGUGGGAGCUUUCCUUUCUGGGUGUAAAAGGACUGGGGAAUUUUCCUGCAAAUGCUGUCUGCUAGUGGGGCGGCACUGUGCGUCAUCCAUCCGCUCAGCCCGGGCCAGAUCGGCCUCCCGGCCGCGAAACUCGUCUGAGGGAGCCCCUGGCUGCGGAGCUGCCGCUUCUUGCCUCCGCUGUCCGCCCAGCAGCUCUCGCGUAACCGGGAGCAACAUGCGCGGCUUCCCGGGAGACCCGCAGGAAUAUGGAGCCUCAGGAACCUGCUCCAAGGAUUAGGGGAAAAAACCUUCCCCUCCAGCCUGAUCUUGCACCCGGUGACUCCCUGCAGGGCUGGAUCCCGCUACCGCGGGGGGCCGGGCGGCAGCUUUCCGGGGGCUGGAAGUGGCGUUUCUGAGGGAAGGUGCUGAAAGGGCUCCAGAUGUGCUCUGUGGCAUGGGCAGGCAGCCUGGCUCGCGGAGCAGCGGCCGCCUGCUUCUGCUGGGGGGGCUGGAAAUCAUUUGGUCGGGGCCUGUUUGCAGCUCGGGGGGGAGAUUUUGGAGCCUGUCCUUGGGCACAGGAAAGAAGGUGUUGAAGCUGGAGUCAAAUCAGAAAUAGAGCUCAUGUUCGUGGUAGAGGAGGGAACAAGACACUGCAAGGGCUUCGCGCAGUCUCAAGCGCGGCUGUCAGGUCCUUGCCCACAGGCAGGAUGCGGCCAGGUGCUGUCCCUGCCCUGGGCUCUGCGUGAUCCAUGAGGUCCCCUUGCUUUCCCACUGCAGACACAACCCCCCGCACAGAGCUGGGCCCAGCGACUGAAAACAUCCAUCUUCCGCUUAUCUGGAAAGACGUGGAGGUCCAGAGUCCCCCAGGGAAGACUCGCUUAAUGUUGUUCCUUAUUUUUCCAAAUAAUCUCUAUAAAACUGCUAAGCUCCACCCUGCCUUGCUUCGGCACCGAUUUCCGAGGCAGCUCCGUCGCUCCCUGGAGCGCCUGUCACUCUCCCGGCUCCCUGUCCGGCAGCCCCCAUCAGCUGAGUACUGACAUUUCGCUCGCACGUGAUGGAGCCCCGCAGUCGGGGGCCAACACAGGGAAACCUCCUUUCCAGAGAGUUUUGUACAGCGCUGGAAGGACUGAGGACUUUUAGUGACUCAGGAGCUGAGUAUAAAUUAUUCCUUUAAUUUAAGAGUAGCUUUGCCGGGGUGCGCAGGUAUGUUCUGGACUCUGGGAAGCGGCAGUGUCUCAGUCUCACCUAGGCAGCAUCUGGUACCGAACUCACAUGGUUUGCUUAGAUCAGAGGUUUUAUUUGCACAGACUUUUCUUCUGAUGAUUUGACAGAUCCUCUCCCCAAUGUCAUUGUGUUUUACUGUCAGUCCAGCUGUUGCCCAAUGAACAUCAGUAGCUGCAGAAGUUUGCUUUUGGGGGGAGAUAAAUCACUGCUGGAAAAACUUGGGCUUGGCCAUGAGGGGGCUUUGGAUGUGGGGGUCUGAGCCGAGCUAUCGGAAAGGGGGGACCUCAAAGAGCUCUGCCCAGAUCCAGGCAGUCUCAAAGCUCAGAGAAGCCUUGGUGAGGGUCCAACUCCAUCAGUGGAGAGAAGACCAUGUAACAUUAGUAAUAACGACAUGGACCCUUGUGCUUUGACAGGUGGCGGCUCCGGGGGGGUGAGCGCGGGGCUGGUAAAUCCGGCGUAGCCCUGUGGCUCACGUGGGGCUGCUGUGGCUCCCCGUCGGUGCAUUGGAGAGGACGAUUUGGUUCCCUUGCUUGGCCUGAACGUAAAUACAUAUCAGGCGUGGUGCCUGCUCAUGCGGGGGUUGCUUCGAGCCAGAGGUUCGCGGUGGGGGGGGGAAGGAAGGAGCGACUCCGCACCCGUGGGUUUUCUCGCUCUUGGCAUUUCUAUUUUUGCCACUGUGGUUUUUCCAGCUGCACCUGGCUCCCUGCGGUCGGCGGCCCUGAGGGGCGCAGCCAGAGCUGGGCACCGUGCGAGGACAAGGCGCAGUGAGCGGCGAGACGGGGCAGCGGCAGCCAUCUCAGCUGCGUUUCCAUUUUCAGCAUUAGUGCAAACAUGAGCGCGAACAGGCUGUUAAUGCGGAGGGAUAUUGGCUUGAGCAGCUCCGGAGCAAUUUGUUCUGGCAAUACUGUGUCAUUUAUAAUACUACCGAGCUGCUUAAGGACCUAAUUUUUCAAUCACUGCUGGUUGCUUGAUAGUUUUACUCACUGCUUAAACAAUUUUUUUUUAAAUGUUUUCUUUUCUGUUACUCCUUACCCUGUUAUUUGUGGCGGAGGUUCAUGGGUGGUUCAGAUCUAGGCAAGACAUGUAGCUCCUGGCAGCUGGUGGCCCUUAGCGAGCCUGUUGGCCAAGGUCGUGGCCCACGACCUGUCCCCGGGGGGGUGAAGGGCCGCGUGGAGGAGGCGCUGACGCAGGAGCCGGUGGCAGUGGCAGGGACUGGACGGGCCCUGGGGACAGGAGCCUCCUCAGGUCUGGACGUGCCCGGUGGGGACCAGGACACUGGAUUGGGUCUAGCGACGCUUCCCCGAUGCCAGUGGCAGCUGGCUCACGAAAACGAACAGGCGCAUGAGGGAGCGCUGAGUGGUGCCACUGCCGCUCACCCUGCUCUUUUAGGGGUGCACCUACUCCUUCACCCUGCAAAACCCCUCCUGAUGGCACGCUACCCUUUUUCUGCUUGCCCACCAUAGGGGACCAAGGGAGAGGCAGAUCCCCAGGGUCAGGUCCCUGCCCUGCUGGGGGAUGCGUACGAGGAGGAAGAGGAGGCUGCAGGCUGGCGGGGAUCGGGGCUGUACAGUCACACUAUUAGCAGUACAACUGCCCUCGGGGGAAGGCGAAUUGGCCAGCAGCGCCCCGCAGGCGACGUUGCUCCCGGGGGGAUUAUUUCCAGUGCAAAAGCCACGAGUCCUUCUUCAUAAGCGCCGGCUGCAAAGGCUGCUCCUCCAUUGCCGUACAGAGCUGGCACUGGAGGAGCGCGGGUUUGCAGCCCUAGCGAGCUGGGCAGCCUCGCUGGUGGGUUUUGCUCCCGGCUUUUUUUAGGCACUCUCCGUAGUGCCGUUCAUCUUGCUUUGCGGAGCAGAGGGGCAGGCAGACUGAAUGCUGCACCCGUGGGCGCGCAGGACACCCCGGCCAGCCCCAGGCUGGCCCUGCUCACCACAACACCUUCCAAAGCCGCAGGAACAGUCCCCAAAAUGUAUUUCUGAGCGGUCGCCUCUUGCCCAGGCUGAUUCUUGGGCACCUUUAAGCAUUAUAAAUAGGAGACUAGAGGUCGGACAUGGACAAAUGUGAAUUCAGUAGAUUCAGAGUGAUUUUAAUGGAUAAUUAUAGGUUCUCAAUCUUUAGUAUUUAUACAACCUUUCCAGUAAAAAAAAAAACAGUUUCCAUGCAGAGAAUAUUCUCCUGGAGGAUUUGUUUGACCUUCAGCACCAUUUUUAUCUGCAGGAUAUAAUUACAGUGGAGCUAGGAAUAUUAAGCAUUUGAGGAGGCCUGUGUAUUUGUGCUUAGCUGGCUCCGUCCUCUGUUACGCGGGAAUGUGAUUGCUUAGGAGCCGGGAAACUCGCAGCAAGCCCACUUGAUUCGAAAAGGUUACGGCUGUGAUUCGGGGAGGCCCGCACCCCUGGGAGCAGAGCUAUGCACGUGCCUCGCGUGAGGCCUGCUGAGGUCUGUAAAACCAAAGCACGCGCUGAAGCCACCGGCUGCACCGUGUCCCGGAGGCCACCUGUGCUGGGGCAUCCCAAAGCAAGGGUAGUAACAAGCAAAAUGGGUUUUGGCCCAAUUUAACUGCCUGAUCAUCAUGUUGAUUUCUGGCCCCCCAAAACCUAAUUCCUUAGAAGCAGAGAUCUUAUUUUCUUACUGUUUUUUAACUCUCUUAAAAUAAUGAGGCCCUCAACUUUUUAGCUAAGACUUUGAAUCCAGUGGCAGAAGGGGAAUGCCUGUUCCCUGGCACAGAGAGGGAUGUUCGUAGGGAGGAGGGGUUGCUUCGGCCUCGCAACAGCGUCACCCUGCAUAGCUGCGUCCAUCUCGGCGGUCUUACUGCCCGCCAGCACCGGCGGAUGGAGCUGUGGCCUCUGCGGCUGUUUGACGAUGCCUGGCAUACCUGUAAGGCAAAGACGGGAAACGUCCCGCUUUCAGUUAAAAGCAAAACCAGCAAAGCCCUCUGCUCAGCUCUGAGUCUCAAACAGCUCUGUGUAUUUGCACUGUAAGGAUUUUAACUCACACCUUGAUUGCACAGCUCUCGUCACCAAAGAAAAUUGCGUAGGUCUGCAGUGACAUGCUGGUCACACUCCCUUUGCGAAACAAGCAGCUACUGUUACUGCUGACAGUUUUAGGCCCUUAUCCCACAAACCCUAACACGUGUUUGGAGAUACCCACCCGUAUGGGCUCCCACCGGAGGGCAGACAUCUGCAGAGCCGUGUGUGGGGCAGCGAUCUCGCAGGGAGCUGAUGCCAGCGGCUGAGGCACCGUGGGAUUACGGCUGGGGCACCCCGGCGUGCUGAGGGGUGCGUGUGGCCUCACUUUCCCAACUCAGCAAGAGUUUUAUUGUCCGCUUCAGACUGACCUGCUUGUUGUGUGCAACAGCAGCAUCUACAGUUACUCAUAUCAUUGCAAAAAAUGUGUAUGCCAGAAAUACCAAUCCACUGACAAGCUUACUAAUAUAGCCUAAUGCUGGAGUGAACCCUGCGGGAAACAUACUGGCUUCCUGCCGAGCACGUCGGCAGCCCUGAAAUAACGGGGCCUGUUCUUUUAUCUGCGCUGGGGCGGCAUGGCCCUGUGUUGAUAGAAGAAGCCUGCCUGUGGGGAUGACAGUGACAGUCUGACGCCGCUCACACAGCAUUAACCUCGGAGCGUUACCCUAACGGGGCCGUGCUGCCAAACGCCUGCUAAACCAGUUCUUUGUGCUAAGCUAUGCACAGGCUGGAUUUGGAAGGCUGUCGGCCGCCACGGGUUAUCGCAUGGGCCCCGGAUGGGCAGGUCGACCAAGUUACUUGCUAUCCUCACCCAGUGUCACAAGUGUCCCAGUUGCAGUGUGAAUUUCGCCCUUCUCAGUAGUGCACCACCCUCUAGUAAGGUAUGUGGGCACCAAAAACAUGCAUGGGCAAAAUGGAACUGCAUGCCCUAAGAGUAGAGCCGUUUUCCUUUAGCUCACAAAGAUGGAAAAGAUGAAGAGGCCACAAACGUCCCACGGGUGUCAGGCAGAGCAGCUCCCUGGGGAGGUGCUUGCAGCAUUGUCCCUACCACCCAGGGCUGUGUCCUUGGGCAAACCGACAGGGAGGAGAGUUGGGGACUAAACCUCCCAUGGAUGGGGUGUUACUGAUGGACAGGAGCCAGCGAGCAAGGGUGGUGGGGCCACAUUCUUCUGGCCUUCCUGUCUUUGAAUGAAUCACCAGUAAAAGAUUAGGAUAUUUUAAUGGAUCGGUGUAUGUGACACUUCAGAAUUUGUCAUGAGCUGCUUUCUGUCUUCCCUGACAAACCAGCUGUGUUCAGUCUUUUAAUGCUCUUUAUUCAUAAUAUAGUGUGUUGCUAGGUACACAGAAAUGCACGGAUAUGUCUGAUAUUCAGUUAUGAUGUUUCGGCAAGUGUCCUGAGAAAUGCACGGAUAUGUCUGAUAUUCAGUUAUGAUGUUUCGGCAAGUGUCCUGGACCUCACAAAAAAAGACCAAAAGUUGGAACUUCCGCUGGUGUAAAUCACCAACCAGGGACCCAACCCUACAUCUCUAAGGGUAUUUUACAGCCUUGCACCUCAAAGCAUGUGUAGGUUAUGAGACAACUUCUCCCUUUUACUGGCACCGGUAUUAUAGUAGUCCUCCUUAAUUUAUUGUAUUGGAGAGGAGUCUGAUUUACACGGUGGUGGGAAGAAAUCAUGGUCACACUGGCUGUGUGUACUUAUGUAUAACUUUUGGCUGAGUGGAAUAGGAACAGUGAGUUAGGAACAGUGUUGGACAAGACAGCAUUUUCAAGUAGAUGGUAUCGAAAAUCUUAAAUCAAACCUUAAUCUCAGAAAUGGCCUGAAGUGAAAACUAGCCAUUUUUCAGUGUCUGGGUUUUGCCCUUCAUUUUUUUUCUCAUCACCACUUCUAAGUUCAUUUUUAUGUUUUGUGAGUUCUUUUUUAUGCUUUUAUAUUUGUGUCUAUAUUUUGAGUUUUCACUAUAGGGCGCAUUUAGACUCACUUGGCAUUUGAUGAGGAAGGAAGGGAGAGAGGAAGGAAAUGCUAAAUCUGAGCAGUGUGAGUGCAGGGCACCGUCUGUGGCCUCAGGCAGCCAACUAUGUGGGAUAUAUCUAGCUAGUUUGAAGUCAGUGGGAGUAAAGGAUUCACUUAUGGUGAAUUGAAGUGCUUUUCUGAUUGAAGGUUGGUGUGUUUGGUUCUGACCUCCCCUCUGUUUUACGGUGGUAUAAAUCUAUACUAGUGCUGCCCAAGUCUCCAUCAACAGAGGAGCGAUGAGCACGAGAGCAUGGGCACAACCCAGCCUCCCUGGGAGCCAUGGUGUUCGCUUUGGUCUCAGUCUGUGGAAAGAUGGUGGUGAUCUUCAAGGUGUUUCAUUCACUUUCUCCAUCAUACCUUAAAAAAGGAGAAGAGAGAGGAGAGGUGCAGGAGGAAAAAAGAAGAGCCUGAGUUUAGGGUAGUUCAUCCCAUCAUGGGCUGGGCAUUGUGGGGAGGAGGAUGAGCACCCCGGGGGAUGGCCCUCCUUUUUUUGCCUAGGUUCACUGAGAUGAAAUCCUGUCUCAGAGGCCCGUGCCUGUGGGAUGACACUGCUUAUAUUCGCCUUGUUUGCUGUAGGUAGAUCAGUCUGAGGUAGAUCAGUCUGUGGGUUUUUAAGUAGCACCUGAAAAGAAGGGUCUGAGUUUCUGAAGUGCUGAGCAACCCAUGCUCCCAUGAGCCUCAAAGCCACGAGUGUGCAGUGCCUUUGAAAUCCAGCUCCUACCAGCUCCAAAGAGGUUCAGGGCUCUUAACUCGAGCCUUGCCCAUCUGGAGUGACUGGCCGCAUGUUGCACGGUGGCCACUCACUGAAAAAGCUGGUGGCAGCUUCUGCUGGCAAGAGUUGAACCCGUUUCUCUGCCAGCCACACUGGCUCCAUUCUCGGAGCUCCCCAUUUUCAAUAUGCAGCCGGGAGCGAUGUCCGUCCUGUUCAUUUAGCCAGUUUGCUACGUACUACACAUCCUAUCAUCGCUUGUUCUUUUUCUGAAGUGAAGUCAAGGCUCUCUGGAGCUCCCUUGGCAAAACGAGCCUCUCUGCUGGUCAGUCAUGGUUUUAUUUAUAUGUUCUUUUCUUUGAUUAGAAAGGAAAAUAUCAAAAUGACUCAUGUUUCCAAUAUCCAUAUCUCUAGUAAUUAAUUUUUUAAAGCAAUACUCGUAUCCCUGUGUGUGCCUCUUAACUAUCCAUGUAUUUGUUCAGCUUUUUCAGAUGUGAGUGUGUGAAAUAUCUCUACGAAAGAUAGCUCUGUAAGUGAUGGUGUAAAUGCAUUGUUUGUAUGUAUUCUAAAGUUUAAAUAGAUUGUACAUAUUGGAUUGUAAAUGAACUGUAAACAGCAAUCUAUAUUUUCUUGAAUAUAUUAUAUAGCAGUAUAUAUUUGUUAAAUAAGUAUUCUUGUAUACUCUUCAAUAACCUUUUUAAUAUUUUGUACAGAUAAGUUUAUUAAAUAUUUUAUUGAUAAAUA